CUGUUCCAUCGCCUCGUGCAUUUCUUUUUAAUAGUGACCAAUUGUAAGUCUUUCAACCUCCCAUACAAACACAUUAACAGAACAACGAUUAUCAUUUCAUUUGGUCUUCCAGCCGGGUCCGUUCAUCGCCAACAUGCCAGUCGAGUAUAACGUUGUCUUUUCUCUUUUCGAACAGGCAGCCUUUGAUGGAAGGGCUUGCGAAUCGAGUGGCCACCAGUCACAUGCUUCAAGGCCAAAACAUUGCUACUUCGGCUCAUUAUGGAGGUAUAUCUCUUCAACAGACACCAGCGGACAAGAUGCCCCCUCCUUCUUACGACGAAGCCCAGAUAACUGUUCAAGCGGUCGACUUGCAACAGCUUUCAAACAUGGAGGCGGAAAAGCAAGCAAUCUACCGCCAUCCUUUAUUGCCUCUUUUGGCGAAGUUGUUUGAAAAGUGCGAGCAGUCAACUCAAACCUGUGAAUGCACGCCUGCCACGGCAUUCGACAACGAAAUUAAGAAUGGAAUUUUACAGAUGAACAGGGAAGGAAAGCCUUUCUAUACGGAAGAUCGAGAUCUCGACAACUUGGUAAGAAUAAGCCGAAGCUUACUCUUUACUUCGUUAGAUUUAAAUCUCAAAGGUUUUCGUUUGUUGAGACGAGUUGAUCAUAAUUUUGACAAAUCUCAAAGUAAUCAAGACUUGUUUUGGGUCACAGAUGACAUUGAAGACCUUCGCUAUCUACCAGUGAAUCUCUUGAUGGAUUGAACUUCGAGCUACAAAAUGUUUCAAAUGUUGUAAUCAACAGACUUGAAAUUAUUGCGUCGUUCUAUCGAAAGCUUCACAGUCAUGGGUUCUUCGAAAUUUUUUAUACGCAUUUGUUGUUGAAAGUGCCCGCCAUGUUUCUAUGUAUUGUAAAUGGCGGGUGGAUAGAUUUUGCAAUGAAAACACUCACUUUUCGCGUGUUUCAGUACAGGUACUAUAAAUGGCGUUUCGUUUUGCUUCCUAAUGAUACAAGAAAAUUUUAAUCCAGAUUAACUGUAAGCUUUUAAUGGCGUUCUGAAAGAAAAUCUCAUACCGAAUCAUCCAUGAACCUAUUGAAAUCAAUUACAGAACGUUCUAUUCUAAGAACACGAAAAACCCUGUUUUCCCUCAGGCUUCUGAAUUUCCGAGUACCCCUUUCUCGAAGCAGAAGUAUGACGUUUUUGUUGAAAACUUUUCAUUUUCCUUCUGAUCGAAGAUUUCCUGUUUUCAUCCUAAAUCCUGUUGUAUGUUUUCCUGAUGGCUAGAUUUGGGUGUUAUUUGUUAUAUGGGUAAAUUAUAAAAACGUCUUGAUAUUUUUUUUAUAUAUUACUGCUGACAUUAACUCGCUAAGGGUAUUACAUUCAGAGUUAGCCGAAUUUUGUGAAGGAAGCAAUUUCAAUGAAUUGUUAUUUACAUAUGUAAAUAUUUAUUAAGAAUUAGAAUUUGUUUUGUUGUCAAUGUAAAUUUUUCAGCAAACACGGACCUCAUCUUUUACGUAUGUUUUUUUACUUUCAUACUUCUCCAAGCAAAUGAUAGCAUUUUCGUUCUCCCAGGAUGUUUAUUUAAAUUUUCAGGAUAUGAUUGUCUGAAAUUUCUAUAGAUUUUAGGCGAUUUAUUUUGUUAUUAGCAAAACGUGGGGGUGGAAGUUAAUUUCUUAAUUUCCUCCUUGUGUAGAGAUAUAAAGCCAGCUUGUGUGUGCUAAACCUAUCAAAAACUUGUGUGUUAGGUUUUUAUUGGUUUAAAAAAACCUUUGCUUACUUUUUAGUUUAUUGUGCAAGAGAACAGAUAUUUUUCUGUUGAUAUCUUUCAAGAUUUUAUUGUUGGGAUUGAAAUACAGCACACAUGGUUAUGAACAAAGGAGGUUUUCUCAUUUCAACAAAAUUUGAAUCACCCAGACAUAAAAUGAUUACAAUAUCAGGCAGACAAGUGAUAAAAAGAAAGAAAAACAUCAACUGGGGGAUUAUCAGUUGAUGUAAUACCAAAUUUGUCAAACUAACAUAAAAGAGAAUUGUAUGGCAUUCAGUAAGGAGAAUUUAUUAAUGAGAUCUUGGGAGUGAAAGUUGACAACCAAUGAAAUGUGUCUGUCACUUAAAUACGUUUGUUUUGUCUUGUCAACAGAUGGUGAAAGCUAUUCAAGUACUCAGGAUACACCUACUAGAGCUGGAAAAAGUAAAUGAACUUUGCAAAGAUUUUUGCCAGAGAUACAUAGCUUGUCUGAAAGGGAAGAUGCAGAGUGAGAACCUGUUGCGUAGCCCUCUUCAAUCAGCAUACUCUCCUGCUGUGAACGUGUUAAAUGCAAAUGUGCAACAACAGCCAACCACUCCAAUCCAAGCACAACAACCAACAUUUCUCCCACAGCAACAAAUCACUUACUAUACCCCAGCAGUGGCUCCGUGCACAAUAGCUAAUGCAACUCCUACAGCAAGUGUUAUUGGUUCUCCUGUUCAACAACAAGUUGCAACUGUUGCAUAUGUUCCACAAGGAGUGGCACCCAAUCAACAGAUUGUCAUAGCACAGGUUCCCCAACAACCAACCGUGCCAUCAACAGUCACGUACAGCACAGUACCAGCAACUGUAACAUACACCACAGUGCCAGCAAAUGUAACUUACGUCAGCACACCAACUGUCGAGACUGUCACACCACCCAGACUGCAGACACAUUCCUCCGGAGAUGAAUCUCCAACAGAAAUAACAGUCCCCUCCAGUGUUCCUCUCCCUGCCCUGGACUCGCCAACGGAGGUCACUGAUAAAAAGAGAACUAGGAGAGGAGUGUUACCCAAGCAGGCGACAAACAUUAUGAAAAGCUGGCUUUUUCAACAUCUGGUGGUGAGUUAAUUUUGAUAAUCAGUUUUGUUGCAAUUCCUUCUAGAUAUGGCUUCAAAACUUAACAUAAAACCCUUGUGUGGUGCAGAUAUUCCAGAAGAAAUCUGGUCACAAUGGAGACUUGACUGGUUUACAAAAUUAUUUUCCUACAGUGUUUCACUGUGAUAGUCAAUUAAGAGUCUUAGAAAAUAAAAAGUUCUAGAACGAAAUAAUUGUUUUUCCCAUUUUUUGACUUUUUUUUUUUUAAUCAGCAUCCAUACCCAACAGAGGAUGAAAAGAGGGCUAUUGCGGCACAAACAAAUCUAACAAUACUUCAAGUGAACAACUGGUAAGCUUAUAGCUGGACUCAUUAUGCACUGGGCAAUAUAUAUCUUACUGUCAUACAAUUAUUUCAUUUUAAAGAGGAUUUUUGGGUAGGGUUUCUCCGUUUCAUUGUUUAACUCAAAGUUAUCUCUCUAUAUAGGUUCAUAAAUGCUAGACGUCGCAUUUUACAACCAAUGUUGGAUGCAAGCAAUCCUGAAGGACCUAAAGCCAAAAAGUCUAAAAUCCAGAGUAGGCCUGCUCAGAGAUUUUGGCCAGACACUCUUGUUCCCAGCCAGUUCAACACCAUUCCAAUAGCUCCAGCUCCAGUGACUGUCCAAGCUGCUAUGGUGCAGGGUGCUGUCCAGAUACAGGCAGUACCUCCUGGUGUGGCCCUUCCAACUGCUAUAACAAUACCUAAUGUCCAAGGUACCACAGUCAUCCCAGGUACUGUCACUUUGCAACAACCUGCAGGGACACCAACCACAAUGGUUGUUGUCACAUUACCUCCCUCAGCAAGCCAUGUCACCACAGUGUCAGCAUCGGAAAGUUCAUCAGCGGUCACAACACACCCAACAAUGAUUGCACCAACUGUGUCGUCACAAGUUGAAACUGUUUCUGUAAGCAGCUUGUCUCCCAUGUAUUCUAACAUCCAGCAAGGCAGUCCAUCUCUUCAGAAUUCUCCAUUGCCGACCAUGGUUCAAAAUGGUGGGGAGAGUAAUCUUGUUAGUUCUCCACACCACAUGCCUGUCAGUUCAAGCGUUAGCAUGGCUGGUGUUCAAGAUAAUCUGGUUGGAGUUAACACCAUUUCACUUGACUCUGCUGCAGUUUCCAGAGGUUUAGUGAACUGA